GGGAGAAGCCUAGUUACGAGGGCGCGGCUGCUGGCGUUCGCAGUCCGUUCCACGUGCCUUCAGUUCCCCGGGAUUGAUCGGGUGCCAAUGUUCAUUACUGAAGGAGCCGAUUUUUAGUUUUUCUAGGAGUCUCGUUAGUCGUGACCACAAUGAAAAACGUAGACAAGGACGAUCUCGUGACGGGCACCCUUCCCAGGCUCAAGAGCCCCAGAGAAUGGUCGGAGCCACAGUGGCUUGCUUUUAUGGAGGCCUUAGCUAAAGAAGAUACAGAUGCAGCUAUUCGAUUAAUAUUACAUAGAGAAAAUCAUGUAAUUAAGGACCUAGAUAAGUACUUACAACGUCAUGACUUCAUGAGUACAAGAAGAAAAGAGAUGUUACACAGAAGAUGGGCUCACCAAGUGGCAGACCCUCUCCACAAGGAAAUUAUAGAAAAAAUCCGUUCACAUAAGAAGAUUAAGAAAAGGAGACAAGAGGAAUUAGGUAGUUUUUUAAAACAUGUAAAUAAAAAGGGAAAUGCUUUUAUAGAACAUUAUGAUCCCAAAGAGUAUGAUCCUUUUUAUAUGAGCAAAGAAGACCCUAAUUUCUUGAAGCUUAUCAUCCCACCAUUUCAUGAUCCUUUGAAGAAAGCACAGUAUGACAAGGAUGAUGAAAAAAGAACUCUUCUUCAGUGUGAGACUGGCAAAAUAUAUACAAUGAAAGAAUUUAAGGAGGUUGAGAAGGCCCAGCUACAUUCCAGAUUCCCAAGAAUUUCUAGUUCAAGGCACUUCCUGACUCCAAAUGAAUGGCUUAAACUGCCUACAAGAUACAUAGAAAGUGAAUUUUGUAAAAGGAGCAGGUUAAAAGUGAAAGUGAAUUUUAAUGAUAGUAGUUUUGAGUGGAAACCCUUGUCCAGGGCUCCUUGUCUUCUGGAAUCCCAGGAAGCAGGAGGAGCAGUUAUUUGCAGAAACAAAGGGCCGUCCCUCCUGGAAAAAGAACCUUUCUGUUUUCAGGCGGGAAAGAACCCAAGUCCCAAAGAGGCCAACUCUGAAGGGCACUUGUCUUCCCUGGACCUCAGCAGGAAGGAGAAGGGGCUGAAGACCAGGUCACGGAGUUGGUUUCUUCGCAUCAGCAAAGUUCAUGGCUCGCAGCUCCAGGUUCGACCCGAAACACCCCCCGGAAAGCAGCCUGAAGCCUGGCCGGGGCAGUCCAGGCCCUCCAUUCCUGAACACAGCAGAGCCCUGGGAAAGGCAGCCGUCCCGCGGACCGCACUCGCCAGCGCCUCGUUUUCCCUGCCUCGCGCGGGGACCCCUCUGUGGCUCCAUGGCCGCUGCGAAGGGCCCGGCUAUUGCGAACAUUUCGGGCCCACGACCGUUUCUGCGAUGGAGGUGAAGCCGCGCUGGGCCUCCACUGGCCUGGCCAGGCCUGGCCGGACCGGUCUGAGCGCUGCUGGGCCCAUGGGGCAGCCCAGCCUCCCCAGGGCUGGUGGCGCCCCCCCCCCCCUUUUGUGGGAUCCCGUGAUCGGCGGAGAAACGCUCGGAAGUUUCCUUUAUUUUGCCCCCUUUGCCAUGCUGGAAGUAGGAGUAGUGAGACUUCGAUUUUGUGCUCACAGAAAGCAGUGGCAGCACACAAAUUGUGAAUAUUUUCCUGCAAAAUUUCGGAGAAGGGGACAUCAGGGACAAAAAUGGUCUCUUUCCUUUUUUGUUCUGUUUUUUGAGACGGGAUCGCGCCCUGUAGUUCAGGCUGAUCUUAAACUCACAGUGUAAUCCAGGCUGUGCCUUGAACUCAGGGCAGUCCUGCCUCAGCCUCCUGAGUGCUGGGACCCGCGGUCUCUUUCUUGAAACAAAAACGAUUGUUUGAAAAUCUGGCACGUGGCUGAGAAUGUAUAUAGGGUUUGCUCCUAAAAAACACCCAAGAUACUAGUCAGCCCAUGUGCUUUUACUUCUCUAAGUAGAGUGGUUGAUUCUAACUGUAUAAUUUGAUUUCAGGGAAACAUGGUUGUUUUGCAGACUUUUUUUAGUUGC